AUGUCUGACGGAAACUCCUCUACUCUGGGCUCCUACAUGAACCAAGCUACCGGCGCAGCUCAACGCGUCAUCGGCUCAAUCACUGGCGACUCCUCCACCCAAAACAAAGGCGAAGCUGCCCAGGCCCAGGCCAAAGUGCAAGACCAAAACUCCCACACAACAGCCAAACUAGGCCCCGUGUCCGCAGACCCCAACACCGGCGCCACAGCCGUCGACGACUCUAACCGCUCAAACGGAUCCUGGGACCAGACCGUCGGCUCAGCCAAGGAGUCUCUGGGCAACCUGAUCGGCAACGAAAGUCUCCGCAAAGCAGGUGUUGAGCAGAACGCUUCUGGAAAGGAGCAGGAAGCUCGUGGACAGCUUAAGGAUCUCGGUCAGGGAAUUCACGAUCGUGCGCAGGGUACCCUUGGAGGAAUUGGUGCUGCUGUUCUUGGAGAUCGGGAGGAGGAGAAGAAGUACCAGGAUAUGCACGAUGAGGGGAAGGCGAGACAGAGGGGCGUUGAGGCUGAUAUUCAGAAGAGACAGGGGGCUUAA